AAAAAAAAGCGAGAGUUCAGUAAAGCUGUAUUUUCCCUUUGAAGAAAAAUCACCCACGCCGGAGGAGGAGAAUUCCGUCCCCACCGCGUCCGCCGUCCCAAAUCCACGCCCACCGCCGCUCGGACUCGCCUCCGCCGUCAGCCAUGGCCUCCCAGCCGCCGUCUUCGUCGUCUACCAGUAUCGCUUCUUUCCGCGACGACCUCCUCCGCGAGGUCUUCCUCCGGCUGCCGGACCUCCCGACGCUCGUCCGCGCCGCUUUCACCUGCCGCGCCUUCCGCGCCGCCGUCCGCUCGUCCCCUUCCUUCCGCCGUAGCUUCCGCGCGCUCCACGCGCCGUCCCUCCUCGCCUUCCUACUCGAACCCUACAUGCAAGUAAUCCCCGCCUUCCCCUCCGCCUGGCGCCGCCGCUCCGACCCGGACCUCGUCGCCGCCUUCUGCGCCGCCGAUUUCUUCGACAUAGGCCGCCUCUCACGCGACGGCCAGGGCCCCGGGUGGGAGAUCCAUGCCCAGCUACCCAACUUCGACGGCUACGUCCUCCUCGUCAACGGGCGCACCGAGCAGAGAGCCGGGGAGGGGGUCAGCUACAACCCCUUAACGCAGUCCCUGAAUCUGUUCCUCUGGAGGAACCUCAUAGACACCCACUUCGAGUUCCACACGCUCCCCUCCGAAGACGAUGGCCAGGGGCCGCCGUCCCGCGUGGUCUGCGUCCGGCAUGACUGCUCAUGGACGAAGGCGAGCGUCGCCGUCUUCUCAUCAGGCACUAUGGAGUGGCAAUUUUUCCCGAGGACUACGCUGCUGCUGCGUGAGUACGAUAGGGCCAAGCCUGCCACGGUGGUGCGUGGGCUCGUUUGCUGGGCAGAAUGGAUGGAUGACCAGAUCGUGAUGCUCGACACUGCCACCUUUCAGUUCUCUCUAAUGGACCUGCCGACGCCUUUGAAGAAUGGGGGAUGGGAAGAGACAACGUUUAAGCUCGGCGAGACCAAGGAUGAGAAGCUCUGUAUUGUAGAUAUAAUGGGGAACACACAGACACUUGUUGCUUGGUUCCUGACAGCCGAAGACCAUGGUGUCGUCGAGAGGUGGACGAUGUACAGGACGUUCUCAUUGCAGCCGAUUGUUAAGGAGUUCACUAAUUGCUCGAUAGAGGAAGAGGUUGUCAUGCGGGUUGAAGCGGUCAUCGAUGGCUUUGUCUACCUCUCUAUUCAAUGCCAAAAAGACACUAAACCUUGUCAGGUGUUCCUAUCCUUAUGCCUGGAAACAGCGGAAAUGAACGAGCUCUUUAAGGAUGAUGGAUCUAGGUAUUAUGAGGAAGCCCAUCCCUACGUCAUGCAAUGGCCUCCCUCUUUGGUACAAAACAAGGAAGAAUCAGAAACUGAAGUUACUGUAGACAAUGUUGCAGAUUAUGGCCGCGUGGGCACAAAAGAAGCUUCCUCUGUCCUUGUCACAGCAUUGCAGUCAUUCAAACAAGCUCUGAUCAUGAAUGAUGAUGAAGAUAUCAUGGCAGCGGUAGAUGCCUACCUGAGUCCUAUCGAGGAUGAUUUCAAGAGCUCCCUUAUGAGCAAAAUCACUGCUUUGGAUGCACAAUUGACAACUGCAAGAGACCGUAUUUUGAGGAUAAGUGCAUGGGAUGAGGUCUACAUGCCAAGCAUUGUAAGAGAAACCUGACGAUGACAAGUGUGCAAGGGGAAGCUUCAGAGAGCUUGUUGCCACUUCGUUUCCAGUUGGAAUAGCCUAUCAGGAUUUAGGAGUGAUGUGUGUUUAUUCUGAUGAUAUGAGCUUUUGUUGUACUAUAUACUAGGUCUGGUAAUUCAGACAGCAAAGCAGCAAAUUUACGGCUGUGAAAGCCUGAAACCCUCUUGCUGUUCCAAAGCAGCUCAGGCUCACACACAAAAAUAAGGCAGCUCAGACUCACAGUGAAAACUGAAAAGAAAGCCCAAUAAUCUAGAAGCUCCCCUCAACCUCGAUGACUGCCGCGGCCUCUCCAAGCAGGUCGCCUCCAAGAUCCUCAAUGGUCAGCAUCCUCCGACCCAGUGUACGGCUAUGAGCGCUGCAAGCGCCGCAAGGUUGCAGGAUCAAUGGCUUGCUCCAAGUACAGCCGUAACAUGCUGUAGUCAUUGGUGUUCCGCCCGCCCCAUGGCCGGCUCCAUGUGGCUGAGUUUGGUGGCUGCCGUCCGUCGCCCAGCCUGGUUGUGGAUUUUCCGCGUCUCGAGCAAGCAACCCACCCUGUACAGGGUUACCUUGAUGGAGGAGACUUUCCAUGGCAUGCUCUCUGGCUGCCCUGCAUUGCAGAGCCUUCUGCUGGAGGAGAUUGUGCGCCCUGGCUGCCUCCGCAUCAGCGGUCCAACUCUCAGGAGCAUCGUAUUAUGUGCUCCUUGUCCUUGGGACAAACAAGUUGCCACUGACAAUGCCCAAGAGCUGGUCAUUGGGAGAUUGCUACCACUCAAUCCAAGGUAUGGUCCCAGGACUAUCUGAAUAAUCUGGGCUUACAAACUGAAGAUAUGGGUUUGCCGAGUUCCAGCAUAUUUCAGCUCCUUCUUGAUACAACACCUUUUGAGAAAAUGCUUGCCGUUAGCCUGACAACUGCAAUGCACACUGAACGUUUUGGCUCUUGAUGGCAUUGUCCCUGAUUUGGUGGAUGCAGUUGGCUUUCUCAAGUGCUUCCCCUGCUUGGAGUGGCUGUAUAUCAUUAAGGGAGUCAUUGUACCCAGGAAGUGUGCCUCGCUGGAUGAUUCAACAGAAUGCCUUGAGCUCCAUCUCAAAGUGGUGUUGAAGGGCUACUGUGGCAAGGGUGUGGAAGUUGACUUUGCCAGGUUCUCCUUUUUGAAUGUGAAAGUGCUAGAGAUAAUGGAAUUUCGAGUCGUUGAUAACUGGAACAACAAAUGGAGGGCUAAGCAAAACGGGCAGCUACAAGUGGAAGACAGAGCUUCCCGCCGAUACUCGAUUUGAGUUCUAAAGACUUCUUUGGGUACUUUGUACUUACAAAGACAACGAUAAGCUUACAUGAUCUGUCAGUGGCUGAUCUGUUUGACGCCUCCUUCUUGGACGGAUAUGUUACCCUUUGAGAAGGUAUCUUCGUGUCACGUUCAGAGUAUAAAUUUGAUACUGUAUCUAAUUUGUACCCUGAAGGUGUUUGAGCCGUUUGAUGCUCUGUCCCUACAACGUGAUCUGCUCCAUAUAUAGUUCAAGAAGUGUGCAAUCUUAAUUUCUGUUUCAAAGACACAGAAAGGGGUUUCUCUUUCUGUUCUCUUAGACGCUAUGCUACAUUGGUGUUUCUGUUUCUUUGCUUCUUGGUACUGUACUACGUUUUUGUAAGCUGGUGACACCAGCAGCUAAUUACAUUACCAACCUCUCACUUGAGCA